AUGCCCUUAGACUGGGAUCACGUGUGGACAGAGGUCUUUGAUGGAUCGAAUUGGAUCCCCUUGGAUCAAAACUGUCUGCAUUUCGCACGUCGUCUGAACGAAGGCAUCGGCAGCUGGACCUAUGUCCUGGCCAUCGCCGAUCGCUGCGAGGACACCGAGGAGGUCACGGAAAGGUACCUCCAACACUCCAAUGGGACAGAGGAGGAGGUCUCCGCCUGGCGUCAGCAGAUUCACACUGCGCGCGGCGAUGCCUCAGGCGCGCUGACGCAAAGCCGGACGGCGCAGGGACACCAACUGCAGCUGGCUGGGCUGCGGGUCGCUUGGCAAUCGGCGAAGGACGGCGAGUUGACCAAGAACAAUUGUGAUUUACCCUCAAAAUGGUGA